AACAGAUGAUCCAGCAUAGAAAUCCACCUUCUGACACUUUUACACAUCAUCAACUAGAAGUCAAGUUAUUUGCUGCUCUUACAACUGAGAUCCAGCACAAGACUUUUGUCAGAAUCUCUCCCAGUUCAGUGCUGGAUUCAGCUGAAAACUCCUCAAAUGGGCAAUUUCAACCAUUGUGAGACACAACCUCCAAUCAACAUGGAGAAUGGCUCUCUCUCACGAGUUAACGCUCCUGCUGCGCGUGCCCGUGGUUAGUUUCAAAACAAUGCACACCUCAGAGUGUUCAAAAUUCGGGAGGGUGCACUGCUUUCAAGCCAACCAGCACUAUUUUGCAGUCCAUGACGGCAUCCAAUUGGUACAGCAAAAUGAAUCCCUCAACAUCUGGCAACAUUCGAUGACAGCAACUCCGAUGUGGAGUUUGAACCUUCCCACUAAGGUACUCAUCUGAAAAAUGAGAACAAAGUGAUUGUUCCUGUUCUCUUUCUUAAGUCACUUCAAAUGCAGAGUGUGAAGCUGGAGGCGCGUAGAGAGAGGAGAGACGAGCAGGAGACGACAGGUGAUGGAGCUGAUAAUCUGAUGAUCCAGAAAUCGUGAGCAUGGACUCGUCGGAGAGCAAGCGUUCAGAAGACGCGAGCAGCAGAAGUGUUGAUCUGUCUCUUCUUCCUCCUCAUCGUCCUGUAUUUCCUCAUCCUCACCGAUUCACGCCAGAAAUGAUCGACCUCAGCCGGCUGCGUCUGCACCGUGUGCUCCACACUGUCAAAAAUGGACGGGAUUUCAAUGUGCAGGUGAAGCAGGAGCUGCCGCUGUGGCCUCCGUCUCCACUCCUCAUCCGCUCUCCGGCUCCAUACUUCCCUCCAUUCCACCCCAGCCUCGUCCCGUUCCCGUUCCUGCUUCCCGGCUCCGUCCCAAAUCUCUCCCCGAACCCUUUUUACCCCAGCGAGCCUCUCCGUGUGCACCGCAGGCCUCCGGACGGACCCGAGAAGCUGAACGUGCAUGUAGACGACAGCUACUAUGUGGAUGUCGGAGGAGAUCAGAAACGCUGGAAGUGUCGAAUGUGCGAGAAAUCCUACACCUCCAAAUACAACCUGAUCACGCAUAUAUUGGGCCACAGCGGGAUUAAACCGCACGCAUGCAGUCUGUGUGGGAAACUGUUCAAGCAGCUGAGCCACCUGCACACACACAUGCUCACACACCAGGGAACCAGACCGCAUAAGUGCCAGGUGUGCCACAAGGCCUUCACGCAGACCAGUCACCUGAAGAGGCACAUGAUGCAGCACAGCGACGUGAAGCCGUACAGCUGCAGUGUGUGCGGACGGGGGUUCGCGUAUCCCAGCGAGCUGCGAGCGCACGAGCUCAAACACGAGCGCGGACAGGAGAACGUGUGUGUGGAGUGCGGACUGGACUUCCCCACGCUGGCUCAGCUGAAGCGGCACCUGACAGCGCACCGCGGGCCCGUGCAGUACGCCUGCAGCGAGUGCGGGAAGAGCUUCCAGUACCCGAGUCAGCUGCAGAAUCACAUGAUGAAGCAUAAAGACAUCCGGCCGUUCAUCUGCAGCGAGUGCGGGAUGGAGUUUGUGCAGUCGCACCAUCUCAAACAACACACACUGACACACAAGGGAGUAAAGGAGCACAAGUGUCGUAUCUGUGGCCGUGAGUUCACACUGCUGGCCAACAUGAAGCGCCACGUUCUGAUACACACCAACAUCCGAGCGUAUCAGUGUGAGCUGUGCUACAAGAGCUUCGUGCAGAAACAGACACUCAAGGCUCACAUGAUCGUCCACUCCGACAUCAAACCCUACAAAUGCAAGCUGUGUGGAAAGGAGUUUAACAGAAUGCAUAAUCUGAUGGGCCACAUGCACUUGCAUUCUGACAGCAAACCCUUCAAAUGCCUUUACUGCGCCAGCAAGUUCACGCUGAAGGGGAACCUGACGCGCCACAUGAAGAUCAAGCACGGCAUCAUGGACCAGGGCCUGGACGCUCGUGUGUUCAGACGCCGGGGUCGGUUGUGUCUCUCAGGCCCCCUGCGGAUCCUGUCCCGCAUCGGUCAGGACGAACCCUUCGAUCUGUCCCAGAAAAACCCACUGCGUCUUUCCCAAUCUGACGGCGAGAGCGUCCGCGGCGGCAGCUCCAGUCGAGAGGAGGACGAGGACAGCGUCUACAGAAUGAGCCAAUACAGUCCUGACAGAGAAAACCCUGCGGAGGCCCGAGACCAGGAGGACGAAAAGAAGAAAACACACCUCGCACAGAUACACAGCGACAAGGAGGACGAUUUCUGAGCUGGAUCACUUUGAGUUUUUGUCUUGCUUCUUGUCCAAAUAUCAAAAUAUUCUUAAACCAGGAAGCAUUUUCUAGACCAGUAAAAAUAUCAGACGACACUUUACUUUAAGAAACAAUUCACACCAUUUAUUUCUAGUUUAUAUCCUGCCUAUUAUUAAGAUAUUAACCGUUUAUUAGCACUUAUAAAGUAUGAUCUUAUUCUAAAUCCUUAAGACGGCACUGUAAAACCCAAUAAGUUAAGGUAACUCAAACCAUUUGAGGAAACUGAUUGCUACAAACCAUUUGAGUUAAAAAACUAAUCUAUAUGAGUACUGUGAACUUACACCAUUUAAGUUGAAGUAAUGAGGUAUUUAUUUAACUAACGGUGGCGCAGUGGGUAGCACGUUCACCUCACAGCAAGAAGGUCGCUGGUUUGAGCCUCGGCUGGGUCAGUUGGCAUUUCUGUGUGGAGUUUGCAUGUUCUCCCCGUGUUCGCAUGGGUUUCCUCCGGGUGCUCUGGUUUCCCCCUGGGCUAUAGGGGAAUUGGGUAGGCUAAAUUGUCCGUAGUGUAUGUGUGUGAAUGAGUGUGUAUGGAUGUUUCCCAGUGAUGUGUUGCAGCAGGGCAUCCUCUGCGUAAAACAUAUGCUGGAUAAGUUGGCGGUUCAUUCCACUGUGGUGACCCCUGAUUAAUAAAGGGACUAAGCUGAAAAGAAAAUCAAUGAAUGAAUUACCUUCAACACUAAGUUUAAAACCCUUUUCAAAUUAGUAAAAUUAACCAUCAGUAAAUUUUGAGUUAACUACACUCAUUUCAUUUGAUAAAGUUGACUGUUGGGUUUUACAGUGUACCCAAUGCCAAAACCCAAACUGCAAAAAAUGAUUUUGGGUAACAUUUUACAAUAAGGGUGUAUUAGUUAAUGUUAGUUAAUGACGCUGACGCGCACCUCUUGAAAAAUGUAACUACACGUCGCAACAACGCAUAGCGCAGGCUCUGUGAUUGGUCAGCUUGGUAGCUGAGACGAAUGUGGGUGGUGCUGAGAGCCGCGAGCUUGAUGGAGAGAGUGUAGAGUCCCGUGAAUGAGCUCCAGAUGGAAACUUUUGUUUUGUGUUUAAAGUUGCUGCACGUCCUCCGGGUCCCACCUCUGAAUGAGUGAGUUUUAGCUACUUGUACAUUAAGGUAGCGUUCAGAAAAAACAAAACACCCGCGAAGAAACUCGACACAGAGGAACAUAACAUAACCUACUGCCAACUAGUGUUUCUUAAGUGUCAUUGCAGAGCAACACAAACAGCACACAGAAGUAUAAAUACACGACUACACGCAAGGCAGGCGCUGUGGGUCACAGCAAUCACUCGACAAAACGCUGCCCGUAUUAUCACAAAACCCCCCUCUAUCUGCCACAUCACAACCAUUCUACAGCAGCUUCACUGGCUUCCCAUCUUUGUCAGAAUGAAUUAUAAAAUACUUCUUCUCACUUUUAAAGCCAUCCACAAUCUUGCUCCUCCAUACCUUGCUGAUCUUGUUCAUAUCACCACACCUUCUCGAACACUCAGGUCUUCUUCUUCCAUUCACCUCACUGUUCCCUCUGUCCACCUUGUCACCAUGGGGAACAGAGCCUUCAGCCACUCUGCUCCUCAGCUUUGGAAUUCACUUCCUCCUGAUCUCCGUAAUUUAGACUCGCUUUCACAAUUUAAAUCCAAACUCAAAACACAUCUGUUUAGAACAGCUUAUUCUCUUUAACCCGACUACAGAAGUAUAAACCAGCCUUUAGCUUGAUGAUAAAGCUCCAAAAUAAAAGCCAUUAUGCAAAACCCCUAUACAAUUUAAAAUGACUACAACUGAGUUAGUUCAUCUGAUAUAUAUAUACACAAGGGUGUAGCGGACAUUUUAAAAGUGGGGGGGGAUGUUCAUAUAAUUAUUAAUCACCUGUUUAUAAAUAGUCUGUCUAUAAAAGUGAGGGGGAAAUAUCCCCCCCAGUUGCUACGACCCUGUGUAUAUAUAUUUAUAUAUACACACACAAUGAGAAAGGCUUGAGGGUGAGUAAAUUAUGGGGUCAUUUAAUUAUUUUUCAUUUGGUUUUUACUUUAUUAUUUUUGAAAAUAAUAAAAAAAUUAAAAUAAAAAAUAGAUUUUUUUAGUUUACAGAAAUCUAGAAAAUGCUUCUUGGUUUAAAAAUGUUUUGAUAUUGGACCAUAAAAAAAGACAAAAACUAAGCCCGAAAACAUUUGAGAUUUUUUGUGGUGAAACUGACUGUGAACAAUGUACAGAAUUACUCAACAAUAUCUUCUUGAUUUUCAGAAGUGUAGCAGGUUAUUAUUUCAUGGUGUUCAAUGAGAUUAAUAUAAUUAAACUGAUAUGUUUCUGACUCUUCAUGCUAAUUACCUUCAGUGGAGGUUUAAUCGCUCUAAAAUGUUCUGACUUCGAUAAUUUAAUGAUUAUGGAGUACUGACAGCUUCCUGAUUUUAUAUUUUUGCUUUGUGUAAACAGAUUAUUUGUACAUAAAUUAAAUGAUUAUUUAGCUGUGAAUCAAAUGCUGUUUGAGUGCUGAUCAAUAUUUAUGUACAAUAAAUUCCUUGACAGAUUAAUCUGUAUUGAUUUUUAAAUAGAUUGAGCAUAGAGAUAUAUAAUGCAUUAAGCAAU